UUCUUUUAUUUAAACCACCUAUCACCUAUGCAUUCUGUGAAGGGAAUUGAAGAAACAGUCCAUCGCACGCAGGGAGGAGAUUGAGAGAGUAAACGCUAGUUUCAAGUGAAAAGCCUAGGGCUGUUUAACCCGAUCGAUUCAGGUUAGUAUCUGGUGAAGAGGUAAAAUGGGAGCAGGAGGAUGUAUGUCUGUUUCUGAAACAAAACCCGAAGAAAAGAAGAAUCCGUUGAAGCGAGUCCCUUGUGCAAAACCUCCUUUCACAAUCAGUGAUAUCAAAAAAGCCAUCCCUCCCCACUGUUUCAACCGUUCCCUCACCCGUUCCUUCUCCUACGUCAUUUACGACCUUGUGAUCAGCUUCCUCCUCUACCACAUCGCCACCACCUACUUCCACCGCCUCCCAACGCCUCUCUCCUCCCUCGCAUGGUUAGCUUACUGGGUUGUUCAAGGCUGUGUUCUCACCGGCGUUUGGGUCUUAGCCCACGAAUGCGGUCACCACGCAUUUAGCGAUUACCAAUGGGUUGACGACACCGUAGGCUUUCUCCUCCACUCCGCCCUCCUCGUACCUUACUUCUCAUGGAAAUACAGCCACCGGCGCCACCACUCCAACACCGGGUCACUCGAACGCGACGAAGUGUUCGUCCCAAAGCCCAGAUCCAAAAUCCCAUGGUACUCAAAAUACCUAAACAACCCACUGGGCCGAAUCAUGAGCCUGUUCGCCACCCUCACUCUAGGCUGGCCGUUAUACCUAGCAUUCAACGUCUCCGGCAGACCCUACGACCGUUUCGCCUGCCACUACUCCCCCAACAGCCCUAUAUACAACGACCGCGAACGCCUCCAGAUCUGGCUCUCCGACGUCGGAAUCAUCACCAUGUCUUUGUUCCUCUACCGUGUUGCUCUUGUAAAAGGCGUGAGUUGGGUGAUUUUUGUCUACGGGAUUCCGUUGCUGAUUGUGAAUGGAUUCCUGGUAUUGAUUACUUACCUUCAACAUACACACCCGUCGUUGCCGCAUUAUGACGGGUCGGAAUGGGAUUGGCUGAGGGGGGCGUUGGCGACGGUGGAUAGGGAUUACGGCGUGUUGAAUAAGGUGUUCCAUAAUAUUACAGAUACACAUGUGGUGCACCAUUUGUUUUCAACGAUGCCUCAUUAUAAUGCGAUGGAGGCGACGAAAGCUGUGAUGCCGGUGCUUGGGGAGUAUUAUCAGUUGGAUGAGACGCCGUUUUAUGUUGCCAUGUGGAGGGAGGCUAAGGAGUGUUUGUUUGUGGAAGCGGAGGGAGAGGGAGGAGGAGUGUUUUGGUAUAAGAAUAAGAUGUGAAUUAAGUAAUUAAAGAUUAAAGAUUAAAGAUUAAGGAUUAAGGAAUUAAGGUUAGGUUGUGUUUUUGUUUGUGUGGUUGUGGUUUAAAUGUAGUGUUCGAGUGUUUGGUAUUUUGUUAGUUUAAUGAACAUGGAGUAGUUCCUUCUUUUAAGACAA